GAUCAUGAUUGACAGUUUCUAGUAAUUUGGUAGGAUAUAUAGUAACUCAGUAAUUCUUACUGAUAGUGUUUCGGAUAUGGGUUCAGGUACCAGUAAACCUAAACCGGUGCCGCAGAAAUCCACCACAAAAUCGCCCGAGAAAGAAAAUGGAACGGUUACUAACGUAAACAAUAAGUCACCAGAUAAGAGGAAAGGAAAUGUGCACCAAAAAGGAUCAGGGACGCCUGUCAAGACGAAGUCAAACGCGAGUGAAAACAAAUCUCCGAAAAAGUCGAAAAAAUCCAAAGAUUCGGAUUGGAGUUCUGACUCGGAUUUCGAAGACGAUUUAGACGAGUUCAUUAAAGAGACAGUUUCACAUGCAGCGAAAACAAAUUCAUCUAACACAAACAACGAAGAACCGGUUUCCUCUAGACCUCGUACAUCUCACGGACGUACAACUAGUCGUCCGGAAAAUGCGUAUCCGGAAACGUACGCGCAGAAACAUACACGUGAACAGUAUACUGUGGAUCGGCAAGCGUUGAUCCGACAGAAAACUAUUUAUAGAAACCCUGAUGAUUGGAAAGAUGAUUCGGAAGAGUCUGAAGAGGAGCAUGGUGGAUUUGAUGCUUCUAAAUUUAGACAGGUCAAUACACAUAACGACCCGAACCAAGAGUCGGUGGUAAAAGAGUUCGAAACCCCCCGGUACAUCACCUCUAAAGAUGGGAGAAGGGAAAGUUCUUAUGGAAUUUACGAAAAAGAAAGAGAAAAGCCAGAUUAUAGCAGAAGAAUCAGUAAAGUACCAGCAUAUGAUCUGGAAGAACAGAGGCUAUUGGCUGAUCUAGAGAAUGAAUUUUAACUCAAGUGAAGAGGGGAAUCAUGUGAUAUUUACUCUGAAAUCUGUGAUAUUAAGCUAUAAACUUGUAUUCCUGUUAAUAAUAAUUGUAAACUCAUGCGAUAGAUCACAGAAAUUUUACUGCUUGACAAAAUAUAGCAACGUUUGCUUUGUUUAUCUUAUCAAAACCUACAAUCAUUCAUAAUAUUUUGAUGACAAGAGCUCAUUUUUUGAAGCUGACACGUUUCAGAUACUAAAUCCUCAUCAGGACAAUGUUAGGCAUGUAGGAAAAGUAAGUGAAACUAUAUGUGAGAUUUCUGAGAUUUUAAAGGGUUAUGGAAAAAAAUCCUUAUAAGAGAUAAAGGCUGACUGUCCAUGUCAGAUUUCUGAAUUUUUUGUUGUUUGUGAGAAGAGAUCUGGAUGGCUUCUUGUGAUAACCAAUAUUUUUGGAUAUCAUCAUAAAUAUCCUGUAAAUAAAUUCAUCCCAUUUUUGUUU